CUCUCCGGCGAGAAGACGAGCGGCGACCCGAGACCUCCGACAGGGCUUCGACCUUCGCGAGCCCCAACCAUUUCCGGCGAACAGAAUAGCAGCCGAGGGCUGACCUUUCACGGCAAAAUCAGAUCGACACCUCUCAAUUUCACUCCGCUCUCAAAAUACGCUCUCUCCACAACCGGCUUGCAGAUACCACAAGGCGACCCGCCUCAACUUCCUCUCGCCGGCGUACCCGAGAGUCACCACCGUGAAUUUCCAUCGCCAUCGUUUCACCCCCAGCCCAACGACAAUCUCCCGGAGUUCAAAGCUCGGACCGGCGAACGUUCGCACGCUCGACCAUCGUCCGACGGGCCUCGACCUCUGGCAUGUCGGGCCUCAAUUUCCGUCUGGCCACGGCUGCCCCCGAGCACGGUCAUUGUUCGACGAAUUCGAGCUCUCGACGGCAGCCCUGUUCAGCCCGUCCUUCGGCAACUCGGGAACCUUCGAUUUCCAGCCGUCGUUCACAGCAGCACCCCGUCGAGGAGCUUCAGCUGCGUAUCCUCGAGUAGCAGACCCUCGAGCAACAGCCGCGGGUUGAGACGAGCCCCUGUUCGUGCUCGUUUAGCCACCUCGAACCAUAAACGGUAA